GAAGAGAGAGAGAGAGAGAGAGACUGCAAUAUCAUUUGUGAAUCCCUCUCCCAGUGCUGCAGAUAGGGGCUGCCAAACACAUGCGGCGCGUCUGCAGGUGAGGGAACAGGCUGAAUGUGCCGGACACACUGAGGAAUUCAACCAACGUUUCCGAAAUACACUGCGUCGGAUUUACAUUUUUAAUUGUUUUUGAUUUUUCUUCUUGAUCCAACCUUUGGCAUCGUAGAGUUGCAGAAGGGAAGAACUAUUCUGCCUGCAGGCGGCAAGUGACUUGGAGGAAGAGAGCAGAGUAGUCAGUCGGACAGGUAAUUUGUUUCAUAUUCACAUCCUCAAGAUCGGAGAGUUGUCAGGCUUCCUGCAGUCAAGCCUCGCUGCCACAUGAGUUUGGAAACUGCGCGGGCAUUCACACGAUCCUCUGACAUAUGGACAUAUCGCCGGAGAGAGGAAUAUUGCUGCCUCACCCCCCAAAAAAAGGAGAUUCUAACCUGAAACUGUGAGUAAAACGGCGGUAUAUGGACUGAAUUCACUUUCUAGUGAUCCGAUGAUGUUCGGACCAGCCUAUAACAUUUUGGCUUUUACGCGCAAGCAAUUCCAAUAUUUGUGGGAGCGCACGGUGCCUCUCUGACGACUUUUUGACAUCAUUGCGUUUUUUUUUAAAUUACUACUACAAGGAAAGAGCAACUAACAUUCAGUGCUAGAGGAAGGGGAAGCAGAGAACAGACGAGAGUCCGUGCACUUGCUGCUUUGCACUGCAGCAGGAGCGAUGUAGGGAGUCUCGCGCAUCCCGCAGUAGAAGGCUUUACUCUUUAUGAAAACGAUUUUUUUUCUUCCAUAGUCAGACUCUCCGGUAGUGAUAGAAUUCUUUUUUUGAGUCGACAUUUUCAAAUCUAAGUGGACAUUUUUUUUCACGGGAGAACAAUGAGGACUACUGGUGCAGUGGACUAUUUGUACUAUAGCAUGCUCAUCCUGCAGCUUGUGCAUCAGCCCGCUGCCAAGCAAGUGCUCCGGUACCGUUUGGCUGAGGAGGGACCCGCCGAUGUCAGAGUAGGGAACGUAGCCGGCGACCUGGGCAUUGUUGCCGGGUCCGGCGAGGUGACAUUCACGCUAGAGUCAGGCUCUGAUUUUUUAAAAAUAGACAACAUAACAGGUGAGCUCGCCACCAAUGAGAGGCGCAUAGACCGUGAAAAAUUACAGCAGUGCCAAAUGAUAUUUGAUGAAAACGAGUGUUUUAUAGAUUUUGAGGUGUCAGUGAUUGGACCAGCCCAAAGCUGGGUUGACCUCUUUGAGGGAAAAGUCAUCAUAUUAGACAUAAAUGAUAACACACCGUCUUUCCCCUCGCCUGUCCUGACACUGUCUGUGGAGGAAAACAGACCCAUUGGAACGCUUUAUCUGCUGCCCACAGCCACAGACAGAGAUUUUGGCAGAAAUGGAAUAGAGCGAUAUGAGCUUAUCCAGGACAAUGGGGAAAACUCAAGGCGCUUGGGCUCUUCUGGGGAUUCAUUCUCGGGGAAGAGGAGAUUUGAGGAAGGAGCAAGCAGGAGCAGCGUCUUUGAACUGCAAGUUGCUGACACUACUGAUGGAGAGAAGCAGCCACAACUCAUCAUUAAAGGAGCCCUUGACAGGGAACAGAGAGACUCCUAUGAGCUCACACUCCGCGUUAGGGAUGGAGGUGAUCCCCCGCGCUCCUCCCAGGCCAUUCUUAGGGUGAUGAUCACAGAUGUGAAUGACAACAGCCCUCGAUUUGAGAAGAGUGUGUAUGAAGCUGACCUACCAGAAAACAGCUCCCCUGGUGCCCCCAUACUGCAGCUCAAAGCGGCUGAUGCAGACGUGGGGGUUAAUGGUCAAAUAGAGUAUGUGUUUGGGGCAGCCACAGAGUCAGUAAGGAGACUGCUGAGGUUGGAUGAAAGCACAGGGUGGCUGAGUGUGUUGCACCGCAUCGACCGUGAAGAAGUGAGCCAACUUAGGUUCACAGUAAUGGCCCGUGACCGGGGCCAACCGCCAAAAAUGGACAAGGCCACCGUGGUGUUGAACAUUAAGGAUGAAAAUGACAACGUUCCUGCUAUAGAGAUAAGGAAAAUUGGACGCAUUUUCUUAAAAGAUGGCAUAGCCAACGUGGCCGAGGACGUGGUGGUGGACACACCCAUUGCCUUAGUUCAGGUGUCGGACCGUGACCAGGGGGAAAACGGCAUUGUGACCUGCACAGUGGUAGGGGAUGUUCCCUUUCAGCUCAAACCAGCCAGCGAGAUGGAGGGUGAGCAGAAUAAAAAGAAAUAUUUCCUCCACACGUCUGCAACGCUGGACUAUGAGGCCACACAGGAGUACAAUGUGGUCAUAGUGGCUGUGGACUCUGGAAGCCCCAGUCUGGCAAGUAAUAACUCUCUUAUCGUCAAAGUGGGCGACACUAACGACAACCCUCCUAUCUUCAGCCAGAAUGUAGUAGAGGUGUCGUUUCCAGAAAGCAAUGCCCCUGGUGAACGGGUGACAACAGUGGCAGCCAUUGAUGCAGAUAGUGGGAAGAAUGCUGAAAUAGCCUAUUCCCUGGACUCAUCAGUAAAUGGGAUUUUCUCUAUUGACGCAGACAGUGGAGACAUCCGAGUAAACACCAUUCUGGAUAGAGAGCAAACGGAGCGCUACGAAUUCAAAGUGAUAGCCAAAGAUAAGGGCAUAAACACUCUACAGGGUUCAGCAACAGUGGUUGUCCUUGUGGCAGACAAAAAUGACAAUGAUCCAAAGUUCAUGCAGGAUGUGUUCACUUUCUACAUUAAAGAAAACCUUGAGCCAAACAGCCCAGUCGGCAUGGUCACAGUCAUCGAUGCAGACAAAGGUCAUAAUGCAGAGAUGAGUCUUUUCAUUGAGGAAGAGGAGGACAUCUUUUCUAUUGAGAAUGACACAGGGACUAUUUUCUCCAGUCUGUCAUUCGAUAGAGAGCAAAAAACCACAUACACAUUCCGUGUCAAGGCUGUGGACGGUGGUGAUCCACCCAGAUCCGCCACCGCCACAGUUUCACUCUUAAUAAUGGAUGAUAAUGACAACGCACCAACAGUCACUUUCCCAAUAAACAGCUCCUACACUCUUCUUCCUCCCUCUAGUAACAUCAGAACAGUAGUCAGGACUGUCAUAGCCACUGAUGCCGACACCGGCAUCAACGCCGACUUGAACUACGGCAUCAUUGGGGGAAACCCCUUUAAGCUGUUUGAGAUUGAUGGGGGCACUGGGGUCAUUUCACUGGUGGGGAAGUUGGAGCAGAAGCACUAUGGCCUCCACAGACUAGUGGUCCAGGUAAACGACAAGGGUCAGCCUUCACAGAGCACCACAACACUGGUUCAUGUGUAUGUCAAUGAGACACUUUCCAAUUCCACAGUUGUGGACACCCAGGUGGCUAAGAGUCUGAGCACGUCUCUGAACACCAACAUUGCCGGUGACCCCAACUAUGAUCUAAGCAAACAGCGGCUGAGCAUCGUCAUUGGAGUAGUUUCCGGCAUCAUGACGGUUAUCCUUAUCAUUCUAGUCGUCGUCAUGGCCCGAUACUGCCGUCCCAAGAAUAAGAACGGCUACGAGGCCGGCAAGAAGGAUCACGAAGACUUCUUCACGCCACAGCAGCAUGAUAAGUCCAAGAAGCCCAAAAAAGAUAGGAAGAAACAGAAGUCCAAACAACCACUCUAUAGCAGCAUCGUCACCGUAGAGGCCUCCAAACCCAACGGGCAGCGCUACGAUGGCGUCAACGAGAAGCUGUCGGACAGUCCUGGUAUGGGACGCUACCGGUCAGUCAACGGAGGACCAGGGAGCCCAGAUCUGGCUCGCCACUACAAGUCCAGUUCACCGCUCCCUACUGUCCAGCUUCACCCGCAGUCUCCGACAGCUGGAAAAAAGCACCAGGCAGUUCAGGACCUGCCCCCUGCCAACACCUUUGUUGGCACCGGAGAUAACAUUUCCCUUGGAUCUGACCACUGCUCUGAAUACAGCAGUCAAACUAUCAACAAGUACAACAAACAGCCGUUUCGCCGAGUGACCUUCUCGGUGGUGAGCCAGCCCCAGGACCCUCACCAGCAGGGAUCGCUGCAGAGCUGCUACGACAGUGGCCUGGACGAGUCGGAGACACCCAGCAGCAAGAGUUCAUCGGGUCCCCGGCUGGGCGCCCUUCCCCUCCCCGAGGACAGCUACGAGAGGACAACGCCGGAUGGCAGUGUCGGUGAGGCAGAGCACAUGGAAAAUGACUCUCGGCCCUUGCCUGAUGUAGCCAUGACUGGCAAGUGCACACGGGAAUGCGACGAGUACGGCCACUCGGACUCCUGCUGGAUGCCUGUGCGCACGUCGCCUGAGCGACGGCCAUCCAAGUCAACCACCACCCCCCAACAACCAAAGCUUUCCACUUUCAUGAGCGGCAACGGCAGCAGCGGCAGCAGCAGCGCCGAGCAGCCCGGCAGCCAAGAGACCCUCGCCAUGGCCGCCAUGGCCAACGGAGACCCCGCCGCCGCUCAUAUGAUGGGCGACCGCAAUCGCAACCUGCUCAACAAGAAGAUGGCUUCCUCCUCCUCCUCCUACGAGGCCUUCGGCUCGCCUUCCUUCGGCUCGCCAGGAAAUGGGGAGGAGACACUGGGCCACCCCACCGAGGAGAUCCCUCUGGCACCUACUGGGGAGUACAAGCCCACGUCUUGUGGUACUCUGACUCGACGGGAGGUGUACCUGUGAGUGUUAGACGCGCCCGCUGUGCCACAACAUAUGGCAUUGAAGUACUACACUAAGCAUUGUUGCUUUCCUGUUACAGCUCUAGAAGCUUUUUAGCCACCCUUGUUCUGCAAGGUAGGACUAAACUUUCUCCAAAGACUUUUACGACAGCUCCUUAAUGAAAAAACUAAGUGGAUAUAUAAACAAAACUAUUUUUAAAGUGCUAAUUCCGGCCAUGACCUGGAAGAAAGGAGGAGAAGGAAGAACAGUUGAGGGGCAUCUAUGGGACUAUGGAUGAGGCUGUUCUAUUGGCGAGUCGGGCUCUUGGGACAUGAUCUGCUGCUUGACGGUCAAUCUGUACAAUAAUCAACGCAUUUUACACAUAUAGUACGUGCAUGAAUUACCCCCCCAUACCCCCACCCCCAUCCACCCAACCCCCCCACACACACACACACGUAGGCCCCGUUCUUGAAGAUGACACUGUACAAAAGAGACAAUUUCUUUUUUGGUUUGUGUUUUUUUUCUAGAAACAAGGCUGUACAUGUGGACUUCAAAAUGUGUCUUGUAAUGCCUCUUUUUAUUUCAGAACAAUACUCUGGCCGUGGUGUUCAGUGGCUGCAACAAUAUAUACAUAUGGGACUUUGGACAAAAUGGUCUUUGUCAUAUUGAGCUGUCUAUGGAUUCCGUCACCUUGACUGUUUGUGAUAAAAGUUGCUCAAUAGCAGACCAAAAUGUAACCGUUUUCAAAUCUUAUAAGGGACGGGAAGCUUUAAAUACUCAGCCCAGAAAACAACACUUGUGUCAGUGCUCUCUUGAAAUGGACAUUUGUUGGACGGACAUGGGAGCCAAUGGAAUUUGCAACAACAACACCUUGUUUAAGACUAACACCACUGGUGUGACACACAUAUGAUGACGUAUUCUAACCUACCAGUGUGUACGCUCCUCACUAGUGAAAAGUCACUAAUUGUACAUAAACAUUGGACCACAGCAAACACGCUAACUGCUCGCAUUCCAUUUUGUCUUACUACCUUUUUUCAGUCUCCCGUUCUUUGUCUUUGAUUGGUUGCGGUUGAGACCGAUACCCUCUAAAGAGAUGCAAAAUCCUAGAGCCAUGAUCUAUCGCCGCAUUGGCUUGAAAAGCAUGCAUGUACAUGGUCGUGCAUAUUCGCAUCACCACAGUAGGAUGCUACCGUUUGUAUCAAGUUGUAACACUUGCCCUGUUUUUUUGGCAAAUCACAUAUGCAGACACACAGAAGCAGAAAAGCAGAUUCAUGUAACUGAAGCCAGUGGAGCUGCCGGACUGUAAAUCCUGGGUAAGCACAGUGUGUGGCAUGCCGAGAUUAAAAUUACAAAGGUGCAAUUGAAAUUGUAUGUUUGUAUGGGCCCAAUAUACAGUACAUAGUGUGUGUGUUUAGGCUAUAUUUAGUGUAUGCUAUAGAUGUACACCGAUAAUUAGGAGGGCGUAAAUAUGGCCGAGCUGAUCCUAAAACAGCUGCAAGGACAGUUUUUUUGCCGUUAUUUCUUUUUUGUUGUAAGAUAGACUGAGCAAUAAAUAUCAUAAUAUACACGUGACCAACAAGGAUCGACUUCUAUUUUCACUUUUCAAGCCUUCGAGGUGACAUUAACCCACACAUGGCUGUCCAUAGGUCCAGUUUUAGCCCUUGUAGAUGCUGGUAUAUGGUGAUGGCAUCUUUAAGCACGAAUGUAAGAAUCAGCUCAAUGGAGAACAAUCAAAAAACAAAGUAUGUAGACGCAAAUACCAGGAGGGUUUGGGAUUUACAGGCUGAGGAAAAUGGUGUCAAAAUGAAACCAAAGCUUCGCAAACAGAAUGAAGCAUUCCCCCAUUACACACAAAAAGUAGCUUUGUUUUAGGGGGGAGAACCUUACUCAAAGCAGGCAUUACAUGAAGGAAUGAGAGAAGAAUGUGAAGUCUCAACUAAACAUCCAUCACAUCCUCAGAGCUGACGCUUAAUGUCCACUGGCACACACAUGACAAUGUUGAGAUGUUGUGCCUCCCUGUCACAGUGAUGUUUUGUUUUUGCAACUACAGAGGCGCAAAAUCUCAUGACUGUAAUAAAGCAAAAGAAUAUCAGAUGCAAUGGAACUUUUUUGUAUGUUAGCAAAACCCCUUUGGUUGGACCGGAGUAGCUUUUUUCUGCAUUCCGGCAAUCUAUAGUCUGUAAGUACUACUCGUUGUUUGAAAGAAAGUGCUCCUAUACUUAUCAACUGUAUACAUAAAUAUUUACUUUUUACUGCACGUUUAAUGGGAACUUACUUCACUUACUGAGAAGGAAAAGGAAAAAAAAUGUAAAACUAAAUGUACAAAAAAAGUUUUCCCUGUAAACAUUGAAGUCCACCUUGUUGCUUGCUUUUGUUAUACCUAAAGAAACAUGUAGUACAACUUAGUACAACAGUUAAGAUCGCACCGUUGAUCUUUUUUCAUUUUAAAUUUUUCAUAAACGAUUUGAUUAGCGUCUCUUAUAUCACCACACAAACCUAAAUAUUUCAUAUGUUUUCUUUACAUCAACUUUAUACCAUGAGGUUUGAAAUUUUUUUAUCUUCAUCUUGCAUUUUGUUUUGCAAUCAAAACAGUUAUUUGUUGAACCGUCAAAAACAUGGACAAUGUACUAUGUGUAUUACUUUUUUUUCUUUAUCUGGUGCCACUUUGUAUAUUUAGAGUGCUUCUGAAAAAAACAUAGAAAACAAAAACAAAAAUACUAGAGUGAAUGCAAAUAUGCAAUUGUGCCUUUUUAUACCAAUUGGUAUGAUUAAAUGUUGGUUUGGAAUGGUGCAUCAACAACAAUGUUGACAUGCUUACUAAAUUAGAUGGGGUGACAUUUAAGAAUGGACUGAAAUACAUUUGCAUAUCUUAGAUGAAAUCCCAUGAUGUCAAAGGCUUCUUGAGGACAACUGGUCUAAGGUCAGUGAGCCUGUAGGUCUAAUACCCGGAUGGCUAUCGUUCGCCGGGUUUAAUUAUCUUGUUGAAAUAUCCAUUCCUAGCAUAGUGCAUUACGGAAUGAGUACAGGUACAUUCAAAAGUUGCUUGUUGGUAGUAAUAAUAAUGAUAUAAUGGAUUUUUUUGUCGUGUUUCACUCAUGUACAUGUAUGACAACAGAGGUCAAGUAACCUUUGUGCAUGAAACAAGCUCUAGGACUGAACAUAGAAGCAUAGACAGAUACGGUAGAGGUGGGGAAAAA